CUUCGCUUCCUCGCUGCUCCAUGCUGGUGUUGAUGUAAGGCGUGUGGAUUGAUCGUUGUGCCGGUGUUUGAAUUACAUUGCUCGGAUAAACGGCGAUCAGAGGAGUUUUACUGCAGACAUGUCGUACUGCAAGCAGGAAGGUAAAGAUCGCAUCAUAUUUGUGACCAAGGAGGAUCAUGAAGCCCCUAGUAAUGCUGAGCUUGUUGAAGAUGACCCCAAUGAUCCUUAUGAGGAUCACGGUCUUAUUUUACCCAAUGGGGAAAUAAACUGGAACUGCCCAUGUCUGGGUGGUAUGGCUAGCGGGCCCUGUGGACAGCAGUUCAAGGAAGCCUUUUCUUGUUACCACUAUAGCAAGGAGGAGGUAAAGGGGUCCGAAUGUGUGGAAAACUUCCGGAGUAUGCAGGAAUGUAUGCAGAAAUACCCUGAGCUCUAUCCACAGGAGGAUGACAAUGACAGUGCCCCCUCUGGAGGGGCUGAUACUACACCUACUGAAUCCACUUCAACAGACUCUGUACCCUCUCCUGAUUCUGAAUCAGCAGCCACAGAAAACCCAGCAGCUAGCUAAUAUUACUCGCUUCAUUUCCUUUUGGAUCACAGCAGAGACGGCUCCACUUUAGAGUAUAGAGAUGAUAUGUGACGCCAUUGGACCGGUUUUCUCUUGACCUGGCUGCAUGAUGCACUGGUGCAGAGGGGGAGAAGCCCUUCAAGUGUAUCUGAUGAAUAGAUUUGUGAUGACAAUAAAAAGCACUAUAUAUGUAGGCAACAGCAUGACAACAAAUGUAGGACAAUGCUUAAAAGUUUUGCAGAUGGGCAUGUGAUCAGUCACUUGGCACCUGGACCUCUGAUUUAUUCCACCACCUCAUCUAGGUUGCCCCGUUUAAUCGACCAGCUGUGUUUCUGGGUUAUUUUCUGCCCCACAAACUAUCCUAAGCUUGUUUGUAUUGUGAAUUACUACAGAUCAAAGGUCAUUUGGCAUCUGUAUUUUGAAGCUCAGAGUUCUGUUAUCCUCACGUACAGAAAUGUUUACUCAAGCUUGAAGGUCUACAUACAUUUCCUGUGAUUAUUAUUUUUAUAUAUAGAAUGAUUAAACAAUUUCAUGAAGCAAAGUUCAGUGACUUUGUGUGUUUGAGAGGAUUUAGUCCCAAGUUUCUGUACCAGGUACAAACAGUAGGGGGCAGAAGUAAACCAACAGCAACCUUACCUGCUGUGCUAGUGAAUGCAGAUAUCCAUUAUCCUGAAGACUUGUUGGGUGUGUUUUAAGUAUCUAACGUUAAGCAGUGUUUAUAAGACCGUUUUUGUCCCACAACCCAUACUAACCUUGAGCGGGGGUUUAGAAUUGAAGUAUAAUUAGAUACAUCUUAUAACUAAAGUUAUCAUGAGUUACAAAACAAGCCUGGUCAGCACAUUGACUUUGAAAUAUGUUUAAAGGGAUACUUCUGCCGAGAAAUACAAUUUCCCCAUGUUUUACUCAUCCUCAAGGCAUCCUAACUGAAUAUGACUUUUUUCUUGAAGAAUAAUGCAGUCGGAGUUAUAAUAUCACGUAUCCUUUUACUUCCAAGCGGUAGAAUGGGGGUACAUUUUUUGAAGCUCCAAAAAGUGCAUCCAUCUAUCAAAGAACUGCUCGACACGGCUCCGUGGUGUUCUGAAGCGAGUCAUAUGCAAGUCAUAUUCAGUUAGGAUGCCUUGAGGGGGAGUAAAACAUGGGGAAAUUUUUUUCUUGGCUGAAGUAUCCCUUUAAGUUCACAUGCCUUCGUGUACAUUUUAAUCAGUUUAUAUAGGCAAAAGAUUUACAAAUCUGGCUGUAUCUCCAAGAGUUUCUGUGUUAAUAUGUCUGCCUGUCUGUGAAAUGAUUUGUCCUAAUACAUUCUAAGCCUUAACAACAUAAUUCUUGUGACAAAACACUUGAUUUUACAGCUGUGAUUUUUCUGUUCAUAAAAUAUGUUUU